CUCUUGAUUAAUCUUGAAAAAAUUAUUAUUAUAUAAAUCCAGCGUAUUCCUUGGGAAAUUAUAAUUUUCAAAAUUGUUUUUAUCAUUGACUUAUUUCACUUCUCUAACUAGAAAUGGAAAGAUUACAACAACUUGCCCGUCAAGCUACAUCAGCUUCAACUCCUCCAAAGGCUCCAGCUCAUCCUUUGGAUCCUCUUUCUCCUCAAGAAAUUCAAUUCACUACUUCAAUCAUUAAGAACAAGUUUGCUGGUCACUCAAUCAUUUUCAAUACUGUUUCUUUGAAAGAACCAAAAAAGAAUUCUUACUAUCAAUGGAAAGAAAAAAAUGGUCCAUUACCUCCACGUUUAGCUUAUUUUGCCAUUGUUGAACUGGGUGUUAGCGGUAUCCAUGAAGGGGUUGUUGAUAUUGGUGCUUCUGCUGUCGUUGAAUCUAAAUCAAUUGAAGGGGUUCAACCAAUUCUUACUCCUGCUGAUUUACAAAGUACCGAAGAUAUUGUUAGAUCUAAUCCAGAAGUUAUUAAACAAUGUGAAAUUAGUGGUAUUAGUAAAGAUGAAAUGCAUAAAGUUUACUGUGAUGCUUGGACUAUUGGUUAUGAUGAAAGAUGGGGUGCUUCUAGAAGAUUACAACAAGCUCUUAUGUAUUUUAGAGCUGAUGAAGAUGAAUCUCAAUAUUCUCAUCCUUUAGAUUUCUGUCCAAUUGUUGAUAUGAAUGAAAAGAAGGUGAUUUUCAUUGAUAUUCCAAAUAGAAGAAGACCUGUUUCAAAACAUAAACACUCUUCUUUCCAUCCAAAACAUAUUGCUGAAAAAUUCGGUACUAAAGAAAAUCCUUCUGGUUAUGUUGAAGAUAAACAAAUCAAUAUUACUCAACCUGAAGGGGUUUCCUUUAAUAUGAACGGUCGUGUUAUGGAAUGGUCAAACUUUAAAUUCCAUAUUGGUUUCAAUUAUAGAGAAGGUAUUGUUUUAAGUGAUAUCACUUAUAAUGAUCAUGGUAAAGAAAGACCUCUUUUCCAUAGAAUCUCUUUAAGUGAAAUGAUUGUUCCUUAUGGUUCUCCAGAUUUCCCUCAUCAACGUAAACAUGCUUUAGAUAUUGGUGAAUAUGGUGCUGGUAACUGUUCUAAUAGUUUGACUCGUUCUUGUGAUUGUAAAGGUGUUAUUCAUUACCUUGACCAUUAUUUCCCUGAUAAAGAUGGUAAUGCUACUACUUUACAAAAUGCUGUUUGUAUUCACGAAGAAGAUGAUGGUUUAUUAUACAAACAUUCUGAUUUCAGAGAUGAUUUCCAAACCUCUGUUACCGUUAGAGGUAAAAGAUUAAUCAUUUCUCAUAUUUUCACUGCUGCUAAUUAUGAAUACUGUGUUUACUGGAUUUUAAGACAAGAUGGUACCAUUAAAUUAGAAGUUAGAUUAACUGGUAUCUUGAAUACUUACGUUUGUGCUGAAGAUGAAUCAAGUGGUCCUUGGGGUACCGUUGUUUAUCCUCAAGUUAAUGCUCAUAAUCAUCAACAUUUAUUCUCUUUAAGAUUACAUCCAAGAAUUGAUGGUGAUAAUAACUCCGCUGCUACCAGUGAUGCUAAACCAUCUCCAUACCCAACUGGUUCUGUUGAAAAUAUGUAUGGUAAUGCUUUUUACGCUGAAAAGAAUACUUUCAAAACUGUUAAAGAUUCUAUUACCAAUUUCGAAUCUAAAACUUCUAGAUCUUGGGAUAUCUUCAAUCCUUCUUCCAUUAAUGAAUACUCCGGUAAACCAGCUACUUAUAAAUUGGUUUCUACCUUCUGUCCUCCAUUAUUAGCUCAAGAAGGUUCUUUGGUUCGUAAGAGAGCUCCAUGGGCUGCUAACACUACUCAAGUUGUUCCUUACCAAGAUGAAGGUUUAGGUUACGGUCGAUUAUGGCCAUCUGGUGACCAUGUCGCUCAAUGGAGUGGUGAUGGUCCAAGAGGUAUGAGAGAAUGGGUCGGUAAAGGUACUGAUAAUGUCGAUAACACCGAUAUUCUUUUCUUCCAUACUUUUGGUAUCACUCACUUCCCAUCUCCAGAAGAUUUCCCAGUCAUGCCAACUGAAAUCUUUGAUCUUAUGUUAAGACCAAGACAUCUCUUCAAAGAAAGUGCUGCUUUGCAAUUCCGUCCUUCGAAUGCUAGAACUACCAGUGAAGUUAAAAGUAACCGUCCUGGUCUCCAAACUCUUGACAAAGCUUCUAGAUUGGCAUUCACUGGUGAUUGCUGCAAGAAAUAAAGUUGAACUUUUCCCUUUCUCCUAUUUGUAUAUUCAGUUAAAUAAUAGAUUUUAAUUAUGUGUUUU